AUGACGGACGAGUGCCCGGCGCGGCAGGUGAAAUAUGGAUGUCAUCAGUUAACCGGUUGCUUCGUCUUCAUUUGCCUGAUCUUGACAGUGAGCAGCGAGCUGUGGAUGGGGGUCCUGAUCAAAAGACUGACAACGCAGCGCUACCUGCACAUCAGCGAGAACUGGACGGAGGCGGUGCACAACUCGGACCACUCGCUCAUGUCGUACGAGUUCAGGGUGACCUGCGACCCUCACUACUACGGCAACGGCUGCGCCAACCUCUGCCGACCGCGGGACGACAAGUUCGGCCACUACUCUUGCUCGCUCCAGGGGGACCGCGUCUGCCUCCCCGGCUGGAAAGGCGACUACUGCACCAAAC